UCUCUGUUGGCUGAUGCAACAUCUUUUGGCGAAUACAUCACACUGGUUUGAAACUGAACAGGAGGUUAACACUUACGAGCAAAUAAUUUUUGUAUUGAAACAGCUUAAAUUUAUCUACACAUACACGUAUAUUUGUUUGAAUCGACAAAUGACGAGUGUAUAUUCCAUUAUCUUCUAACUCGAGUUUAAAACCAGGUUUUCCCCCUCACCACCGCCUUUCGACUAGAUACUGUAUAGGAUUCAUUUCCCGAAACGCUUCUUGAAGACCUGGUCUCGUUACCUGGAGUUACAAAAUGAAAAGGGAUGGAUACUCGGCCGUGAAACAGAGCUCGGAUAUUCAGGAUAAUUAUGGAAAUGAAGACGGUUUCCCCAACGACGGGAAUGUUGAAAUGGAUAUAGGACGGGAUGUAGAGAGAGAACAGGAGCAGGGUGAUUUUGAGAGCCAAACAUCGCUAACAAAAGAGCAUUUGAAGAAUAAAAAGUAUGAAGAAUGUGGUUCUGGAAGAACUUCUUUUGGAAUGUCUGUUUUUAACCUCAGCAAUGCCAUUAUGGGCACUGGAAUCCUUGGCCUUUCCUAUGCAUUGUCUAAGACUGGAAUCUUUCUGUUUCUGAUUCUUUUACUGUCAGUUGCAGUCUUGUCACUUUACUCCAUUAGACUUCUGCUGGAAUGUUCCAAGAAAGCAGAAUGUAUGGUUUAUGAAGACUUGGGUCAUAAAGCAUUUGGGAUGCCUGGAAAGCUUGCAGUCUUUGGUUCAUCAUGUCUUCAAAACAUUGGAGCUACUCUGUCAUACAUGUUUAUUGUGAAAAAUGAAUUACCAAAGGUCAUCGCCACCCUGGCUGGAUUGAAGGAAGAUCUUGAUGUGUGGUAUUUAAAUGGAAACUACCUGGUUAUUAUUGUGACCAUUGGUAUUAUCCUUCCACUCUGCCUUUUAAAGUCUCUGGGGUAUCUUGGAUACACCAGUGGCUUCUCCUUAACAUGCAUGGUGUUCUUUCUAAUUGUGGUUAUCAGCAAAAAAUUUACUCUCCCCUGCACUACUGAGAAACAAAAUGUAACAAAUGAGAGCUACUUAGAAACUGACCACUGCACAGCGGAGUAUUUCACAUUUAACAACAAGUCGGUCUAUGCAGUACCCACCAUUUUAUUUGCCUUUGUGUGUCACCCAUCCGUCCUUCCAAUCUACAGUGAGCUUAAAGAGCGCUCUAUCAAAAAAAUGGAAAAAGUAUCCAUAAUCUCAUUUCUUGCCAUGCUGCUGAUGUACCUGCUAACGGCUGUUUUUGGCUACUUUACAUUUUAUGGCUCUGUGCAUGAGGAGCUGCUUCACACAUACUCCAGUGAGGGCGACACCAUCAUUCUUGCUGUGCGACUGGCAAUUAUCGUUGCAGUUGUGCUGACAGUACCUGUUCUUUUCUUUGUCGUGCGGUCUUCUAUGUUGAUGAUAAUUAAACAAAAGCAAUUUAAGUGGAGCUGGCACAUCGGAGUAACAUUGGUUCUUUUGGCGUUCUGUGUGCUGCUGGUCAUUUUUAUACCUUCAAUAACGGACAUUUUUGCAAUUAUAGGUGCAACAUCUGCCAACAUGCUGAUUUUCAUUCUUCCAGCUUCAAUCUACUUGAAACUUCAUCAAUCAAUACCUACCAAAAAGAAGAUUAAAUGUCCAGUGUUCAACUGGUUUCCUUGGGAUUUCUCUGGGAAGGGCUUUGUAGAGGAUUGGCUGUUGAUCUUACGACUGAUAAAGGAGCUGGAUUCUGGACCUGGGCCUCCAAACAGUCCACCUUAA